AUGAGACAUGUUGUUGACACUCCGGUCUUGUUUAGCUGGCACCGAAACGCCCUCGAAUCCCCUUUCCUGCGAUUGCCGCCCGAGAUCCGCAACCGCAUCUACGCCCUCGUCCUCACCGUCGGCCAGAUCCAUGUGCGCUACCGGCCAUGGAGGAUGCGGACGACAAAAGGCGGUGACAACAAAGCCAAUGCAAAAGCCCACAGCCACUCUGGUUUCUACGCCGUCGCCCUCGGCGUCGACCAGGACGCAUGGCGGGCCACCACCACCACCACCACCACGACGGCAGACACCAAAAAGGCAACGUCGCGGGCACGCGUCACCGCCCUCCCCGACGCCCUGACGCCGCUCGCCGCCGUCUGCCGCCAGCUCUACCGCGACACCGCCAGCCUCCCCUUUGCCCUCAAUGCCUGGUCCUUUGAAAGCGCGCGCCUCAUGGAGCGCUUCUUGGUCCGCGAAAAGCGCCUGGCCCUCUACCAGCGCCGCGCCAUUGCCGUCCUCGUCGUCAGCGUGUCCGACGACCUGCCCUCGCGCGCCAUGGAAAAGUACCUGGGCGGCCUGCGCGCCGUCGUGUGGCGCGACGGCAAGACGAUGCAGCGCUGGGAGCUGGCGAGCGCGGCCGAGCUGCAGCGGCUGGUGGCGGGGACGCAGCGCGCGGCGCUCUCGAGAAGUCGGGGGCAGCUGCACUUGUAUGAGUGA